AGAUAAGUAGAACUAAAACCCCGUACAAACAAAACCCCUUACUUCACUCACUCACUCACUCAUUCCUUUCCAGUUUCUAUAAUCAGAAAUCCAUAAGUAUACAACACUCUUUAAUGGCUUUGCCAUUUCUCACUCUUCCAAACUUUGUUUGUUCUCCUAAAUUUAAACCCAAUUCCAUCAUAACCGUUAAACCCAACCACUUCCUUAUUCCUUCUACAACUCCCUUUUCUUACCCCUUACUUCCUCUUCGACCUCCAGCUGCUAUUGGACCCGAUGCCAAAUUCUAUCCAAACCCAGCCGACGACGACCCACCCGAAGUAGCCGAAGAUUCUGCUCACGGCUUCUCCAAAUACCAACAAAUUCAACUCCAAGCCGACCGCGCACGCCAACGCGAAGAACAAGAUUUCAAAAACAACCAAGCCACUUACUUAGCCGCCAUUGCCGACGCCGAAGAUGCUCCGGAUAACCCUUCCUCUAUCGAUUCCGCCGAAGACGAUUUGUUCGGCGAAAUUGAUAAAGCUAUCGCUCUCAAACGGAAAGAGUUCGUUAAACAAGGACUUCUUAACCCUAAUCCAUCGAAAAAGGAAAUUGAAGUGCUCGUUGAAGACGAGCUUCAACCCGAUGAAGCAACCGAUGUUGAAGAAAUCGAACGACUCCGAGGACUCACCGUGAAUUCUGAUGAAUCUUCGGGAGAUUUCGAAGACGCUAAUUUAUCUUCGGAAUCUUCGUUUGAUUUAGAUUUAGAGACUUUAGGGAAAAGUAAAACUAGAAUAAUUGAACCUAAGUUUAAGAUGAGUUUAGCUGAACUUUUGGAUGAGAGCAAAGUUGUUCCUGUUUCCGUUUAUGGAAAUUUGGAAGUUGAAAUAAGCGGAAUUCAACAUGAUUCGAGGCUUGUAACUUCUGGUAAUUUGUUUGUCUGUUGUGUUGGUAGAAAAAAUGAUGGACACAUGUUUUUGAGUGAAGCUGAUAAGAGAGGUGCUAUUGCGGUUGUAGCGAGUAAAGAGAUUGAUAUUGAAGACACUUUGGGUUGUAAAGCUUUGGUUAUUGUGGAAGAUACUAAUGCUGUUCUUCCUACGUUGGCUGCUUCGUUUUUCAAGUACCCUUCGAAAAACAUGGCUCUUAUUGGGAUAACUGGGACUUAUGGUAAAACGACUACCACCUAUUUGAUAAAAAGUAUGUAUGAAGCCAUGGGUUUACGCACCGGGAUGUUGAACUCUAUUGCUAGUUAUGUUCAUGGGGAUAAUCAGUUGGAUUCUCCUUACGCUAUGUUGGAUGCUGUUUUGGUUCAGAAUUUGAUGGCUAAGAUGCUUCAUAAUGGAACUGAAGCUGUGGUUUUUGAGGCUUCUUCUCGUGGAUUGUCUCAGGGAAAAUAUGAUGAGGUUGAUUUUGAUGUUGCUGUAUUUACUAAUUUGAUGAGUGAGGAAGAGGGGGAGGAGGAUAGAGAUGCGAAGGCUAAGGUGUUUUCGAGGAUGGUGGAUCCUGAGCGGCAUAGGAAAGUUGUUAACAUUGAUGAUCCGAAUGCGGCUUUGUUUGUUUCAAUGGGGAGUCCUGAAGUUCCUGUUGUGACAUUUGCUUUGGAGAAUAAAAAUGCAGAUGUUCAUCCCUUGAAGUUUGAACUUUCCCUGUUUGAGACACAGGUAUUGGUGAAUACACCUGCUGGGAUACUGGAAAUUUCGUCGGGUUUACUAGGAAGGCACAACGUUUACAACAUACUUGCUGCUGUGGCGGUUGGCAUUGCUGUUGGGGCACCUUUGGAGGAUAUUGUUAGAGGUAUUGAAGAAGUAGAUGCAGUUCCUGGGAGGUGCGAGUUAAUCGACGAGGAACAAGCAUUUGGGGUAAUAGUUGACUAUGCUCGUACUCCUGAUGCUUUGUCUAGAUUACUUGAUUCUGUAAGAGAGCUUCAACCUCGCAGGAUUAUAACUGUGAUCGGUUGUUGUGGCGAGGACGAAAGGGGGAAGAGACCCCUGAUGACCAAGAUAGCAACAGAUAAAAGUGAAGUGACCAUGCUGACAUCUGACAAUCCCAAGAGUGAAGAUCCAUUGGAUAUUUUGGAUGAUAUGUUGGCUGGGGUAGGAUGGACAAUGCAAGAGUACCUGAAAUAUGGAGAGAAUGACUACUAUCCUCCUCUUCCAAAUGGUCAUAGGCUUUUUCUCCAUGACAUUAGGAGGGUAGCUGUGCGUGCUGCAGUUGCAAUGGGGGAGGAGGGUGAUGUUGUUGUGAUUGCUGGCAAAGGACACGAAACAAGUCAAAUAGAAGGUGAUAAGAAGGAUUUCUUUGAUGACCGAGAAGAGUGCCGGGAGGCAUUGCAGUACGUGGACGAGCUUCACCAAGCUGGAAUAGAUACAAGUGAAUUUCCAUGGCGGUUACCAGAGAGUCACUGAUACCAAAGGUUGCUGUGCUAACAAUGGAUCAGCAUCACUUGUUUACCUGAGUACACAAAUGAAGCAGGUUCAGUGAAACAGGCCUAUCAGUUAUUAUAAUGGCCUUUCUUUGCAGGAGCUUGGGAAUCAACCAGGUAAAAAUGGGCUUUAAAGUUUGAAUGGCUACCACGUCUACCAGAGUCAAGCUCCAAAUUGCAACUUGGGCACAGUACAGUUCUAUUCAAUCUCUUAUUUUUGUCUAUAUGGCCAAUUCUAAUUUAUUUUUUCCUUGUUGCCCUGGCCUCCAUGCCACUGUAAUUGUAAUUCUAUGUGUUGUAGAGUGACACAACAGUCCUGCUUCCACGUUGGCAAAUAUACGAUUAUCAUCAAAUUGAACUUCUUGUCCAAUCAAUCAGCCUAAAUUAUCCAACACCAGGUAUGACUGUAUGAGAAAAAGACAUUACUCGGAGCAUUCACAUGCAGAGCCUAAGUAUUGUGGGAAUAGUCAAACUUUGGUCCCCAUUUUCUUGCUCACUAAGGCCGAAUAGAUGGGGACUCCAUGUUUAAGUUGACCCAAUGUUGCCAAUCUAGUCUCACUAAGUAAAAAGGGAGAAACUUUCUCCAUUCCAAUAUGACUAAGGAUGUACAUAUAAAAAAAACGCAAUUUUAUCGUAUUUGUUUAAAAGUACAUCUUUUUAAACUUAUGUUUUGAAAGACCUCAAACAACUUCUAUAUUCCGGUACAUGGUCAAAACAAAUGAAGGGUGCCAAGCCAAGGAACAGCAUAAAGGCCUAUACAAGGUGGUUGAUCUAUUGUGCACAUGUACGUGUUUAUUUUAGGUUUUGGAUUUCCACUUACUCCUAAGUUUUAAUUGAGUCAAUAAAAGGUUGGCGUGUUUGGUUCAAAUGUUGGACUAAUACAUCAAUUUUAGUUGACUCAACUUUCUGUUAUAUAUAAGACUAGAGGUAGUAUUAUUUAGUUAGAUGGCCGAUAGGUUCAAGCAUUAAUACCGGGAGUUCCAACAAUGGGGUAAAAGAAGAAGACGAGGAAAGCCAUAAAUACCUUGUCGAUACAUCACACUCCAACACAGAAGAUUGCACCCUUGAAGUUGAAGGAUAAUGUACUAUGUACUAUAUUUUGGUGGUGGGAUCUAUUUUUUUUUUUUUCUUUUCAAAAUUCGUGGUAUAUAAUCUAACGUAAUAUACAUAGCUGAUCUUUUGGAAUAA